AUGCGGUUGUCUGCCGGCCUUGCCAACAUUGCAUGGUACACAGUCCGCAUACUGUCCUUCAUCACGAGCACACUCCAUCUGCGCGCGCUCGUCGAGUUUGUCUUGCAUGUCUACCGAGCUUUCACCAACGGGCGUAGCCUCCUCGGAACAUUUGCGGUCAUCCUCUGGGGAGCUUGGCCGCCUAUACUUUGGACGCUGGCGUUCAAACAAGGCCGGAGGAUACCCGAAAGCUGGCGGCCGAAGAUAAACUUGGAUUUGUUGCCGAGUUGGGAGAGUGCCCUACUUUCACCGCUCGGCCUCGUCCUUGCGACCCUGAUAGCUUCACCAUUUGCGUAUCUGCUUGUACAUUCUGACGCCAGACCGGCUGCAGCAGCGUCCGACGCGACGGAACAUUGUGAUGGCCUCUCUUACGAUGAGGAGAAGCACGAUCGUCGGCGGUCAGGUUUUGUCGACUUGCCUGCAAUACCUUUCGGGUCUGUAAGCCGUCAAGAGCAUAUUCGCCCGAAUUUGCGCAAUGCAGUUGUGCCGAUGCCCACGCCGCAGAGCAUGCCUCCACAGCGGAGCCCGAGCCCAGACAGAUGGCGUCAAGGCAGCGUCUCGAGUACUGGGAGCGAAAGCGCGAGUACUUCUCGGCAGGGGGCCUUUGACGCCUUCGCUUCCUUUGCCUCUUCUUCCGACGACGCGACUGCCGCGUCAUCUGAUCACGAGAUACCCGACUCGAAAGCAGAGCAAGACUUCGCAUACGACUGCACGUCGGACGAUGACAGUUGCUCGGAAUGCGAUCAAGUGCUGCUCGACGGCGCACAAGGAUACCCCUUUUCGACAUAUUCAUCCACCUUCAGUCGACAGAAGCUGCUCGCUCUGCUCGUUCUGACCUUUCCAUUGCAGCUCAAGGCCGUCUCUCUGCUUGGCCAGCUGCCCAUCCACUCGAGCAUAGACUUGGCCGCAUUCGCCACAUACGGUGCAGUACUUCAUUUCGCAUCACCCUUUCUCUGCGCAUUCUGGCUGUGGCUCUUUGCCGCGCCAGGCGUCUCGAAAGCCUUUGGCUGGACUUUGGGCUUUCAGAAUAUCGCCGGUCUCACGACACACAUUCUGUUCCCUAAUGCCGCGCCUUGGUACUACAAUCCUCUCUAUGGAGCGAAGAAUGGUAUCUUGGAGCCGUCCUACGCCUCGCUAGGCAAUCCUGCCGGCCUGAUACGAGUCGAUGAUAUCCUCGGGACACAUUUGUAUCGGUAUGCCUUCAAAAGAUCGCCCGUUGUCUUUGGCGCACUGCCGAGUCUACAUGCGGCGACGAGCGUCUGCUGCGCUCUGUACGUCGCGCGAUAUGCUUCGUCAAGCACUACGGUGGCGACGAUGAUUGUCUACUAUCUCUGGAUGUUCUGGAGCACGGUCUACCUAGGUCAUCAUUUUACAGGCAAGCCAAUUUUUCUUAAAUUGACUUGCGAUACAGUCGAUCUACUAGUCGGUAGCGUGUAUGCGGUCAUCGCAUUUUCACUUGCGCUCGUAUUCUAUCUCAAGCCUCGCGUGGACAAGAAGCAUGACGAACUCGAGACCACUACCGGGUGGGACAGGUUACGGCACGAUCGCCUGGGCUGCGUAUGGGAUCAGCAAGGUUUGACCAGACUUGGCGCUACAGGCCUGUUUCGAAAGAACAAGAGAAGAGCAAGAGAGCUUUCUCUGUUCGCAAGCAUGUCGGACAGCAACUCUUUCGGCAAGGAUGCCAAGCAUGAUAGCAUCGGCCAAGCCGACAACGGCGUCGGUGGUGUGAGCCUCAACGCUCGUCGACGUGCAGCCCUUGCAGAAGUCGACAAUGCCAAGUUUGGCAUGGUCCACGUCCGCACCUGCCUGGUCGCCGGUGUCGGUUUCUUCACUGAUGCAUACGAUAUCUUUGCCAUCAACAUCGCCUCGACGAUGAUCGGCUACGUCUACAACCAAGGCCCCCUCAAGGGCAAGCUCACCGCCAACCAGGAUCUUGGUCUCAAGGUCGCGACGCCCGUCGGCACCUUCUGCGGCCAGCUUCUGUUCGGCUGGCUCGCAGAUGUCUACGGCCGCAAGCGCAUGUACGGCAUCGAGCUCAUGAUCAUCAUCAUCGCAACGCUCGGCCAGGCCGUCUCUGGUCACGGUCCUGCAGUCUCCCUCAUCGGUGUUCUCGUCAUGUGGCGAUUCAUCAUGGGCGUCGGUAUCGGUGGUGACUACCCGCUGUCUGCGUGCAUCACAUCAGAAUUCGCUGCCACUCGCAUCCGUGGCCGUAUGAUGGCCACCGUCUUCUCUGCGCAAGGCUACGGAAACUUUGCCGCCGCUAUUGUCGGUGUCAUCGUCGUUGCCGCCUACAAGGGCAAGAUCAUCAACCAGGACGUCGUCGGCGCACCCCACGGUGUCGACUUCUGCUGGAGAUGGCUCAUCGGACUCGGCUGUGUGCCGGGUGUGAUUGCGCUGUACUUCCGUCUGACGAUUCCCGAAACGCCCCGAUUCACUGCUGAUGUCGAGCGCAACAUCAAGCAAGCUGCAACCGAUGUCGAUGCCUUCCUUGCCACCGGUGGCUACGUCCACGAUUACGACCACUCUCACGACCAGGUCGACAUGCCCAAGGCGACGACCCGCGACUUCAUGGCUCACUUCCGUCAAUGGUCCAACUUCAAGCAACUGUUCGGUUGCGCCUGGUCGUGGUUCGCUCUCGAUGUUGCCUACUACGGUCUCGGCCUCAACUCUUCGAUCGUCUUGCUCAACAUUGGCUUCGGCCCUGCUACGACUGGUACACCCCAGGAGAUCAUCUACCAAUCGCUCAAGAAUAUCUGCGUCGGUAACAUCGUCCUCUCCGUCGCCGGUCUCAUUCCCGGCUACUGGGCGUGCCAAUUGCUUGUUGACUUUACCGGCCGCAAGCCUCUCCAACUGAUCGGCUUCGCGAUGCUCACGAUCCUCUUUGCCAUCCUCGGCUUCGCUUACCACAAGCUGAAGUCCAACGCGAUUGCUGCCUUCAUCGUGCUGUACUGCCUGGUCAACUUCUUCUUCAACGCAGGCCCCAACUCGACCACUUUCAUCAUUCCUGGCGAGUCGUUCGCGACACGAUACCGUUCCACCGCGCACGGUAUCUGCGCUGCCUCUGGCAAGCUGGGAGCGAUCAUCUCGCAAGUCGCUUUUGCUCGUCUGAAGGACCGCGGUGGUGCCGUCGGCUCUGGCAACUGGAUCAACCAUCUGCUCGAAAUCUUCGGUCUGUUCAUGUUGACCGGAUUCCUCUCGACGCUCCUCAUCGUACGUGUCAUGGUCUGCCUUUCAAAGUUGCAAUCGCUGACUUUUUGCUAUCUUCUCAGGAAGAGACAAAGGGACGAUCACUCGAAGACAUCUCUGGUGAAGAUCAGACCAACUUUGUCAACGAAAAGCCAACUCACGUUUAGACGAGUUUGCUCUCUGGGAACGGGUUGCAGCAGGGCUUUCGCCUUUGCGCAUCGGUCGCAUGCUGUUGGUACUUAA